CUCUGGCCAAGCGACCAACGGAUCUACGAGGCUUUGUUCAAGAGAUACACUGCCGUUAGAAAGGCCAUGGAAGACGCUCGGCCACCCCAGCAUAUGUCAGAGCGUGAGGCCAAGAAUUGGAAGUCGUUGGACGAGAUCAAUCAACGCCGCAUCGAGCUUCAGCGAAAAGUCAAUCGAUCCAUCGCGCCAAAAAAGCCGGAAGAGAUCACAGUUGGAGACAAAGUGACGCUCUGCCGCUACCUCGUGCUCUGUUUGUACACACAAAUGCCGGCGAUCCGCAAUGAUUGGAGCAAUCUUCCCAUCGUGCGCUUCGAAGAGGUUGGUAGCACUGCCGCGCGUGAGCUGAUGGCGGGAUCCCGCAACUACCUUCUGGAGUAUGCAAAGGGCAGCUAUAGGCUCCAUCUGAAGACGUACAAGACCGACAAGACACACGGGCCGCAUAUUCUUGACAUACCGGUCCGACUUGGCAACGUGAUUGCUGAAAGUCUUGCUAUCUUCCCGCGAAAGUACCUGCUCAGCCGAAUGAGGACACCAGAUGCUCCAAUGGGGUCCGGUUACCUCACAAAAUUUUUAGCGGCCAUCUAUCCUGAUUCAAAUCUGGGUUCGUGCCUCCUUCGGAAGAUCACGAUUAGCAAUGCGAAGGAUGCGCCAAGCCUCUAUGAACGAGACCAGCUUGCGAAGUCAAUGUUGCACACAGCACCAAUAGCGAUGCGCCACUACGAGCUCCGCUAUCGAUCCGACGGGUCGCGUAUUCAAUUCUGA